AUGGCCGGGACGAGCAAGCUGGAGGCGCCCGUCGCCUCCUCCCGCAGCAGCCCCCUCGACGCGGCGGAGCACCGAGCCACCCGACGGAGGAAGAUGGUCGCCAAGCAGCGCGGCCGAAGGACCCGCCGUCGCCCUGCGUCCGACGCCGACGCGGCCUCUCAAGCCGUGGAUGGUUUGAGAUUUCUGCUGCAAAAGGAGCUCAGGAACAGUGAUGUUAGCCAACUCGGAAGAAUCGUUCUCCCAAAGAAAGAAGCAGAGGUCCACCUUCCUAAUCUGACCUCCAGGGACGGCAUCGCCAUAAACAUGGACGAUUUGGAGAACCUUCAAGUCUGGACCUUCAAGUACAGAUUUUGGCCCAAUAAUAGGAGCAGGAUGUACAUACUGGAGAACACGGGCGACUACGUCAAGGAGCAUCACCUCGAGCUUGGGGAUUUUAUCAUGAUAUACAAGGAUGACAGCAAAGACCGAUAUGUAAUUCGAGCCAAGAAGGCCGGAAGCUCAGAGCCUUCGGUUGCACCUGCAGAUGACGGGAUCUUCGACUCCAUCUUGCCGGACAUUGUGGUCGGCAGCGUGAGAUACUCGGACCUCUUUUUGCCACUGGCGGAAGGCAUGAACGUUGCAUAUGGCUACGGACUAAGCUACGCGUUCGAGGAAGAUUUCCCCAUGACAUUCCCUGAUGGAAGCACCGGGAGCUAACCAGUCGGUGCCCGUGUUCGGAUGGGAGCCCGUCAUUUAACUAUGUUUGU